GCGAUGUCAAGUAAUUCAAAAAAAUCUCGUAAAUCUUUAAGUAAUACUGCACAUAGUGAUAAUGAGGAUGAUGACAGCAGUAGAAGUUCAAUGUAUGAUCGUGAGGACAGCGAAAGAAAAAACAAAGAGCAAUUUGGGCACUGGGAAUGUACAGUUUGCACAUUUCAAAAUAAGCAGGAGGCGUUCAAAUGUUUGAUGUGUGAUACACGCAAGGGUACUUCGACGAGGAAACCCAGACUAAAUCCAUCCGUUGUACAACAGCAAACACUCGUGCAGAAAUUAGCUGUUGAAGUUGAAAGGCAGAAAAAACAAAGGAAUGCCGAAGCUCAGAGUUCACCAGAUCCUUUAUCUACCCCCUAUUCAAGUACUGGUUCUAACUUUGUAAAUAAUAAUGAAACAGCUUUGCAAUCUGGUAGCUAUUCAAAUGGAGGAAAGCAGCAAAAUUCAUUAUUGCAUAGAAGGAUGACAUUCCGAGAUUCUCUUGUAGUGCGUAGUUCAGCUAAGAAAACGAUUGUGACUGUUGAUGGAAAAAACUUUACAAUAACAGAAUUUAAACCAAGGAUAUCAUCGAGAGGGCGCAAAAAAUCCACUAAUGGAAAUAACAUGAUGCAAUAA